AUGGGCAUCGUGAAAACUAAGGGGCUGGCACGGAGUUACGUGUGGUGGCCGAACAUCGAUGCGGAUGUGGCAGCGCUAUGCGAGACCUGCGCCACUGAAGCGGACGCCUCGCCGCGCGCGCCUCCUAACCCCUGGCCCUACUUGCCUCCCUGGUCUAGAGUUCACAUAGACUUCCUAGAGCCGUAUAAAGGUAAAAGUUAUUUAGUUUUAAUAGAUUCGAGCUCGAAAUGGCUUGAAAUUAUUGAAGUAGCGCGAACUUGCGAACUUCGCGAACAUGCGACUUCCAUUAUUAAGGUGCUGAGUAAGCAAAGCACCACGGGUGAGAGCCCAGCGAUGCUGCUGCAGCGACGUUCCUUGCGUUCACGGUUGGAUUUACUUCGCGGUGGAUACGUGGUGCAAGCGCGUGUGCUCGAUGCUCAGCAGCGUCAAGUCGAAUAUGCGGGUGGUGUUCCGCGUAAUUUCUAUUUGGGAGACACCGUCUGGAUUAGGGACUACGGCACCCGGGAUAAAAGGGUCAAGGGCACGGUAGCCCAGAAAGAAGUUUCUGGAAGAUACGUUCUCGACAAUGGUGACGGUCGACUUAUUAAAAGACAUAUUGAUCAAAUAAUACGUAGGUCGCGCUUAUCCGAUGUUAACUGUCCAGAUAUCCCUAAUGAGGUCGAUGAAAAGGAUGAGGAUGAGUUUGCAGAUGCGACUUCAGAGUUGUAA